AUGGAGUCGGAGAAGAAGAAAAUGGUUCUUCCGAAAAUCAAAUUCACAGAGCACAAAACCAACACGACGAGAAUCGUACCGGAUUUAACCAACCACCAACCAAGGAUUCUCCGUAUCUCAGUCACCGACCCAGACGCUACAGAUUCCUCAAGUGACGACGAAGACGAAGCAAAAACAACAAACCAAAGAUUCGCCUCUAAACGUCGUCGUAUCAAAAAGUUCGUCAACGAAGUGGUUCUCGACUCGAGUAAUACCGGUACGGAAUCGAAGAAGAGAAAGAAGAAACCGGUUACUGUUAAACCGGAGGUUGUUGUAGCUCCGACGGAGAAGAAAUUCCGGGGAGUUAGACAACGUCCAUGGGGAAAAUGGGCGGCUGAGAUUAGAGAUCCGAGUAGACGUGUACGUCUCUGGUUAGGUACUUACAACACGGCGGAGGAAGCAGCCAUGGUUUACGACAACGCCGCGAUUCAGCUCCGUGGUCCCGACGCGCUCACUAAUUUCUCCUUCUUCACCGACCGUUACCGUAAAGGAAGAGCCUUUGACCACGACGGCGACGAUGGAGGAAGUUUCGGGGACGUUCUCUGA